AUGAAGUUCACCCAGCUCUCACCCUUAGCCCUCUUGGCCACCAUCAUUACCCUUACCGGGGCAGCUCCCACCACCACCACCACCUCAAAUCCCAAUGACCAAUCCAUUUCAAAACGCGAGGCCAGAUGUGACAUCAUCCCAGGCAACCCCAGCAUGUGGGAUAUACAAGCAAAGCUCUGCCUACUUGAUUAUGACCUGCACCCGAGCGACGAGAUGGUUAUUCCGGCAGGAGGAAAGAACCUAUGUGUCAGGGAUAGCGGGAAGCUGUACGCUGGGGUUAGUGGUGAUGGAGGAGAGCAGAGGACUACCAAAAGAGCAAUUGCUAAGGCUGCGAGGGGAAUCUUGGACAAAUGUAGCAAGGACGGUUGGGUGGUCGGCACGGAUAAUGUGGAGGGAACAAAUAUCUUCUUGGUAUAUUCGGGGUAA